CCUCAUCACUUCGCAUAGAACUCACUGUCGUCAUGUUGUUGAUAAUAUAUUUACUCAUAUUUGGACUUAUAUCGUGUUUAGAUGGAAAAUUCAGAUGUGACUAUAAAUAUUUUAAUGACGCUGAGGGCUACUUAAAACUACAUAGGGUGCCAGCCAAUUGGCACGAGGCCAGACUGCGAUGCCAUCUUGAAGGUGCGAAGUUAGCGUCACCUCUUAAUGAAAAACUAAGAUCUGCAAUGAAAGAUGUCAUUAAAUUGGAAAAUACAUCAAGAUGCGUCUUUACUGGAAUACAUAGUGUUUUCUCGAGGGGUGAUUUUCAUUCUGUUGAAGGUAUACCUUUAUCAAAGAUUCCCCACAAUUGGGCAGAUGAUGAACCUGAUAAUUAUGACGAUAAUGAGAGCUGUCUCCUGAUGUUACCGACCGGACUGUUAGCUGAUUUUAAUUGUUCUGAACCAUUGCCUUAUAUGUGUUACAAGAAAAGCGCUAAACAUUUGCAUCUCAAUAGUUGCGGAACAACCGAUCCUGAGUAUGAGCUAAACCCUAAAACUGGAAGCUGUUAUAAGUUUCACAGAGUACCUCGCACGUGGUCGCGAGCGUACAUGACAUGUACUGCUGAAGGAGGCCACUUGGCUAUUAUUAACAGUGAUAACGAAGCCCAGGUGAUUAAAGAGAUUUUUGCCAAAAACCCUGGACAUUCCAUGAAAGGAAACUUCUGGAAAGAUAUAGCAUUUAUGGGAUUUCAUGAUUGGGGAGAACACGGAGAAUUUUUAACGAUUCAGGGUGACACACUUUUAGAGGCGGGCUAUGACAAGUUUUCACCUGGAGAACCAAAUAACGCGACUACAGGGGAAUACUGCGGUGCCGUAUAUCGCAAUGGGAUGUACGAUGAUUUGUGGUGUGAAAACAAGUACGCGUUUAUCUGUGAGAAGGACGCGGACAGUCUAUUGUGCGAAAGUGACGACUAGAGUGUCAAUAGUUUUACUGAGAAAUAUAUAGAAUUUUCGGCUAUAUCAUUGAAAUUGUUUUCAAUAGUUGUCUUUGUUUUUUAAAAAUAUUCCACGAUAUUAAUUUGAUGAUAUGAAACGAAUUCUUUUAAAUUGCAUUUGUCGAUUUACUAAAGUUGAACACCAAGAACAAAUUAAUUAAAUUUUAUUUCAAAUAAAUUGCACUCAGUGAAUUAUAUAGUGAAAAUAUAGUAUCUUUAAUUUUAUCAA